GAGAGCAAUCUGCGAUGUUUGUUUGCGAUGAUAUCUGAUGCUGUCUACUCUUGUGUAACGUUUAUAGCAAUGUAAUGAACACAAGAAAUAGGAAGGAUUAAUUCUGAUAUUGAGCUUUAUUAUUCAAUUGACGGUUCAAGCUUUAAAAUAAACAACAAAGCAGCUAGGAAGGAAAAUUGAAAAAUGGACACGCUCAACCAAACAACCAUAAAGUUUUGAUAUCGAAGGAAAAAUAGCUUUACCCAACCGGAAAAAGAGAACCGUGUUCUGGAAUUAUAAGAACAUAUUUUUAAAAAAAAACAUAUUUCUUAAAUCGCAAAAUACGAGAGCAAAUGCCGUGAAAGGGAGCGUGAGUUUUAAAAAGACCACCAGCGAAGCGUUGCUUUGACGACAUCGUCGAGAUGCAGGAGGGAACACGCCACGAGUCCGACAUAUUAAAGUCUGCCAUCAAAGAAGCCUACGGGAUGGACUUUGUUAACGCCAAACGGGUCCUCAAAACCAAGUUCAAACGGAAAAAUAGAGACGGCCUCACUCUUGCGGAUCGGAUACGGAUGAAUCGCUAUGGAAACGGGUCAGCCGAUGGUACUAGUGGCGAGAGGAACGACAGUGCCUUCGCUAGCGUUGACAUCGCUGAUUUCGCCAGUUUAGAGGAGAACGAGCGACGAUCCCCCACCCCAGAGCCAACGAUAUCUCGGGAGGCCGCAAAUCAACGCCAAACCCCACCCAAAAAACAUUCUCCUUCUCAUCCAGAUAUGGAGGACUCACCCAGUACAAGGAAGAGGCUGACAAAGCAAGGAUCGGGUAACUCUUUAUCAGCAACUCCACCUCUUCCACCUAUCAAAUCUACCCAGCCAAAGGCAGAUUCAAGAAACCGCAACGAAUCUCCUCUGAGACAGGAACACCAGGGAAAACCACGUGAACCUUUACCUCCAAUUCAAAAACCACGUGAUCCACAGCAAGGAGAUGAAGAGGAAGACAGUGAUCCAUCACGUCGUCAAGUCCAUCCACCCAGAGAUUCUCGAAAUUUUGAUCCCGACAUUGGAGUAGGCGUGGCUGUUGUAGGAGUGGAGAGAGCAAGGCAACGAUCUCGAACCCCACCACCAAGAGAAAGCAGGCGAGAAAGGUCUCCAUCUCCAAGAGUCGAGAAACACCGCCAGAGAUCAAGAUCUAGAUCAAAGUCGCCGAGACGAGAAACUGUGGCAGUUGUUGUUCACGCAAACAAUGAGCGUCGAAGAUCUCGGUCCGAUUCUAGAAGGCGGCAAAAGAGUCGAUCUGAUUCAGAAAAACGUAGACGGAGUCGAUCAAGUUCGAGGAGAAGAAGAAGUAGGAGUCGUUCAGAUUCUCGAAAGAGGCGCAGAAGUCGAUCAGACUCGCGUAAGAGACACAUUGUUGUGGUUACUCAUAACAACACAGACAGACAACGAAGUAGAUCAGAUUCACGAAAGAGAAAGCGCAGUCGUUCGAAUUCUCGAAAUAAAAAAUCUCCUCACAGAAGUCGUUCAAGAUCGCGAGGAAGACAAAGGAGUCGGUCAGAUUCAAGAAAAAGAAACAAGUCCCGUUCCAAAUCAAGAUCACCAAAACACAAACAUUCCAAAUCUCCAUCCAGGUCUCGAAAAAGAUCUCCAUCUCGGGAUCGAAAUUCCCGUCGAUCUAGAUCUCCAUCGCCAGAAAAAAGCAGAGGUCGCUCUAAAAGUCGCAAGAAAGACAGGUCUAAGUCAAGAACUCCGUCAGGGAAAAGAAAGAGGUCGAAACAUCGUAAAGACUCCUCUGGGUCUCUAUCCCCGGAAAUUAAUAUCAAUGUUGGUCGAGGUAAAAGUAGAGCACACUCUAAAAGUGAGAAAGAGAGAUCUACAUCUCGAAGUCGGUCUAAUGCCAGAAAGGCAAAGAGUAGAGCUAAAAAGAAUCGGAGCCCGUCUGAAGAAAGCGACGAGUCAAUACCAAGAAGUCCAAAGAAAAAGAGUCCCAAAGAAAAACCAAAGAAAAAGAAGACGAGGCCUGAGACUUCUGAAGAUGAAGAAGAGGAAGACUCGCCGAAGACAAGCCCCAAACGGAAAAAGGAAAAGGUUCCGGAAAAAAGGUCGAAACCAAAAAAGGGGAAAGCCAGAGUUGAAUCAUCGGACGAAGAUGAAGAUGAAGAAACUCCGAAAAGAAAACCAAGAGAGAUUAAAUGGGACCAUUCUUCUGAGUCUGAAAAAGAGAAUAAUCGCGAGAAAGAAAAUAAAAAGAAAACACCGAAAGUACCUAAAGCAGCGGUUCCGACGAAGGGCAAAUCGCCAGAGCAAAGGGCAAAACACUCAGCAAGAGAGUCUGUCCAUGCUGGCAACAGGCCAAAACCAGCGGUUCCUGAAGACAGCGAUGACAGCGAUGCUAUUCCAGAUGUGUUGUCUAGUCCUGUAGACACCAAACCGGCACCCCCGCCCGUGACCACCGCCGCACCCCCAAAAAGACAACCCAAACCGGAGACACCGGCACCCUACUUGGAUGACCCACCCCCGAGGGCCCCUCCCAAGGAAGACCCGGAGUUAUUGAACGCUAUCGCUCAGCUCGACAAGCUAGCCGACUACGACUUGAAAAAUCUGGCUGGGAAAGGCGAUAGCUCACCUGCUCCUCCCGUGGAUAAGACUAUCAUGAAAAAAGUCAUGGGUAGUGAGUUUCAGAAAAAUUUAGAUAAGUUUUUGUCGAGUUAGUUUAAUAGGGAUGUUUUUUUUUCAUCUUUCGUUUCCUGGCGAGUUGAUACUUAUUAUGCUAGAAUAUUAGUAGCUAUUUUUACCAAUGCUUAUCACAGCAUACAGAUAUGGUCGAUUUGACUAAUGGCUAUGUUUAUAUUACAGGUAUUAUAAGCAAUAUAAGGGGUAUGUGCAAUAUUUAGUUUAUGUAAGCUUCUAACAAGCACAUUACACUUAUGAUACAUAUACAUAUUUACCUCUAUUUAGAAUUUUUAUAAUUUAUUUCUGUAUUACAUUAACUAAUUGUUAUUCUUAAAUUCUGUCAAAAAAAAUUCUCUUUAAUUUGUUAUAAAAAGGAAGAGAAAUUACGUCAAGAAUUGUUAAUUGUCGAUCAGAAUAUGACAUAUGGAAGAUUGCUACAACCAUUUUAACAAGAGCUUUGACUUUGGGUAGUUGUGUUAAACAGCAAUGUGACGUAGGUCUCUCUAUUUCAUUGCUGACCACUGCUCUCUGAAAUCAACAAGAUUUGUCUUGCUUUUUAGCUACGACUACGCAAUCGGUGCAUAUUUCGCUUGAAACCGCGUCAUUUUUAACUUGCUUUGACGCAAGAAAAAGAUAGCUACGUCAUACUGAAAGUCCAAGGUCUUGUUAAAAUGGUUCUAUUUGGAAGUCUGACGUCUCUCAAUGUAGCUUAAGUUUCGAUCGGUCUGAUAUUGAUAUAAUCCAAACAAAGACAACCUAAAAGGUUUACAAUAAGACACCGUUGUGAAUUUUAUUUAUUUAAUAUGAACUAAACAUUGCUAAAUAAUACUCUUGAUCGCAAAUUUAAAGUUUAUAACGAAUGUUUAUAUAAAUAUUCGUACGUCGCCGCGGACAUAUAUCGAUUUGAAAUACAAUGUAGCUACAUCGUGAUUCGGUUGUAUCAUUAGCUAAAUGAUCUCAAUCCGAUUUUUUUUAAAAAUUUAGGAGAGAAAUACUCGAUUAAUGUAGAUAUAAGGUGUUGAGUUGUAUGCAUGUUAAUUUUUGAUUGAUUAAAUUAACCGCUGUAUUUGCUACAGCUGUUAUUUACACGUCAUUACUGCGUCACCUUUUUACGAAAUAGCCAAGAAUUCUGUGAUAAAGUACAUUUAAGUUUAUCUACAUUUGUGAGAAAAACAUUGAUU